AUGGCACCAAAAGAGAAAAAAGUAUCAUCAUCAGUAGAACAAACAUCAGUAGGACCUCAAAUUAAAGAGGGGGAGCUGGUUUUUGGAGUUGCACAUAUUUUUGCAAAUUUUAAUGAUACGUUUGUUCAUGUUACUGAUUUAUCUGGAAGGGAAACAAUCGCACGUGUCACAGGCGGAAUGAAGGUUAAGGCAGAUCGAGAUGAGUCUUCUCCAUAUGCAGCUAUGCUAGCAGCGCAGGAUGUUGCUGCUCGCUGUAAAGAAUUAGGUAUUACAGCGCUUCAUAUUAAAAUACGUGCAGCAGGAGGAACAUCUACAAAAACACCAGGGCCAGGUGCUCAAUCGGCAUUAAGAGCCCUUGCAAGAUCUGGAAUGAGAAUAGGAAGAAUUGAAGAUGUAACUCCGAUACCAACAGAUUCAACUAGACGAAAAGGCGGACGAAGAGGUCGUAGACUUUAA